AUGUUUUCGUCUUUAUUAUUAUUGCUGUUGUUAAUCUUUGACUUUCCAUUAGUAAUAACAACUGCACGUAUUUAUCCCUUUAAAAAUUCAUCACGGCACGAAAUUACUACCACCAUUCGUAGCAUAAGGUUUCAAACCGAUAAUUCGGAAUAUCGUUUACGUUGUCCAUACAAUAUGACGAAUAUACAAAUAAUUGAUGUUAAUUAUUCGUCGUUACAAUGCAUCCAAACGUACAUUGCACAUUAUCAAUAUGAAAAACCGAUAUGUUCAUCAAUUCAUAAAACAUAUUGUCUAUUCUAUACAAAACCAAUUCGUUUAGAUUCAGUAUCGUGUCCAUUUCUAUCAGACUACGUUGAUAUUACAUAUCAAUGUUCAUCUACUCAAAUUUACUCGCCCAAAACAAAAUAUCAGAAAAAUAAUUACAAAUUUUCAAAUAGUAAAAGUUCCACAACCGUAAUAUCAAAAACUAUAACUAUCGUUAAUAUUACGCAGCAUCGUGGUACAAUUGGAUAUGCAAAUCAUUUGCCAGAUAAUCUUGGCGUUUUUCUCAUCGGUUUAAGUAUUAUUGGUGCACUCAGUUUAUUAGCCUGUUGUAUUUGGCUAAUACGUUGUGACACAAAACAUAAUGAUCGUCAGCAUAGAAAUGAUAAUGACUAUUAUUCUGAACGCGUUCCACUUGAACGUACGCCCACAACAGUUUCAUCGUCAUCGCCACAUUCUUUAUUAAUCAAUAAUCAAAAGGAGAAUCUAAUUCAAAUAAACGAUAAUGAUGUAGCCUAUAAUGAUCUGACACUAAUGCAAUUAAAUCAAAAUGAUCAUUACUGUGAACAUUGUUUAAUUAAUAAUGAUUAUUAUCCAGAAGGACGACGAUAUUCUACCAUAUUAGAUUAUAAAAGUUCAUCCUAUGGUCUAGAAUUAGAUGGAAUUGUUGGAAAUCUAACGCAAAAUACCGGUGGUUCAACGGCACAAAUUGUCGAAAAUAUGAAUAAUAACAAUAAUACGACGACGAUGACGAAUGAUAAAAAUAUUAUUCGAAUAGAUGAAGAAGAACCGUGUACAUGUUACAUGGAAAACCAAUCAAAUCAUUAUAAUACACUAAGGUCCAUUCGUCCACUCACAACAAACAGUAUGUUAUCAUUAAGUCGACAAAGUACAUCGAGUCAAAAUGAUUCAUCUGCUAUGGAGAUGUAUAUACCACCCAUACGUCCACUAUCAUCAGAUACGACCAGUGGUGAAAAGUAUAAUAAAAUAUUUUUGACAACAAAUCCAUUUGAAGAUGUUUCACAGCAAUUACCUGUUAUUAUUGAACAUAAUAAUCACAAUCAGCAUUAUCAACAACAAGAUAAUACGGAUAGUAGUCUCUCAUUGACAUUUGUAUCAAGACAAUAUGAUUAG